AUGGGUUUCGCUAACGCCAAGUUCCCUGCCUCGGCCGCUUUCGACGCCAUCGACAGCGUCCUCUCCGCCUCCGACGCCGAGCGCAAGGACGCCAUCAAGCAGGCCAACGGUGUCUUUGCCUUCACCCUCAAGAACAAGGCUGGCGAGACGGAGAGCUGGCACGUCGACCUCAAGGAGUCCGGCCGUGUUGGCACCGGUGUCGGCAAGCCCACUGUUACCCUGCUCCUCUCCGAGGAAGACUUUGGCAAGCUCGUCGAUGGCUCUGCCAACCCCCAGCGUCUGUUCAUGUCCGGCAAGCUCAAGAUCAAGGGCGACAUCAUGAAGGCCACCAAGCUCGACCCCAUCAUGAAGAAGGCCAAGUCCAAGGCUAACCUGUAA